AACUUAUCAUGAGUCUCUUUCCUGCAACCCAAAGACCAUCUCACCUGGUACAGUUUAAUGCCGGAAAGUGCAUACGCGAAGGGAACAUGCUGAAGCCUGACAUUCGUAAAGGCAUGAUUUAUAUGGACCAGAGUGACGACCAGUUGAUGCAUUUUUAUUGGAAGGAGCGCAAGUCUAGCUCUCCUGAGGAUGAUUUAAUCAUCUUUCCUGAUGAAGCUGAAUUGAUCAGAGUUCAAGAGUGUACAACUGGACGUGUCUACCUUUUAAAAUUCAAAUCAUCCAACCAAAAGCUCUUUUUCUGGAUGCAGAGCAAGGAUCAGACAAAGGAUGAGGAUGUAGUAUCCCGCGUGAACCAAUUGAUUAACGAUCCCCACAGCUCAAUGGAUGAAGGGCGUAGUCCUUUGUCAUCCACCAUGGACCUUAACGGUGAUACUCCAUCCGAAUUAAUGCGUAUACUAGGAAAUGAAGGUCAGGACAAUAUUUUGCAAUAUCUUCAAACAGCGGGUGGUUAUGGGGGAACUGUGCCUGUAACAUCCAACUCGGGAGGAGACGGACCUGUUGAUAAUCCUCCUUACUUAUUUCCAGAAUCCCAACCUAGCCAAGCCGAAUCAGAGCAGGCAUCCCAAAACACAGAAAAUACCAAUCAGCCAACAGCUGCUCAGCCCGAAGCUUUGGAACAACUCAGAUCAAUGCUGGCAAAUGUACAACAGUCUUCAGGAUCCCAAAACCCGCCUAUUCAGCUGAACGAUGUGCUGACUCCACAGGCUAUCAGACCCUUGUUGAAUGAUCCUGAAAUCAGCCGCAGUCUUUUUCCUUUCUUGCCGGAUAAUGCUGAACACUCGGAAGAAGAGGUGCGUCAGGUAGUUCAAAGCCCUCAGUUUCAACAAGCGCUUCAGUCCUUGAGUGCAGCAAUUCAGAGCGGUCAACUUGGACCACUGUUGAGCCAACUCGGGUUGGACCCUUCUGCCGGACAAUCUGUUGAGGCUUUCCUGAGAGCAAUCGAAAAACAAGCACGAGAUAGAGAAAGAGAUGGUGGGGAACCAAUGGAGGAGUAAUUUGCUUGUUUUCUGCUAUCUAUAUAAGAGAAACUUUAUGAAAUGAUAAAUAAAGAAGAAAACAACAGAUCAGGUUUUUACUGUUUUGCUUCUCGAUCUUCCUUUUCUUUCACUCAAAAAAAUGUAUAUAGAUACAUGUUCAUAUCUAUAAAAGAACCUGAUAUUUAAC